UAUCUUGAUAUUCAUGGUGUUAUAACCACAUCAGAUGGCACCCCUCCUGGCUGCUCUAGUAGUCUUUCUUCGCUAAAAUCGAGAAUCUUGGACGAACGACCUGUGACUGUCGUCGGUUUCGGCGAUUGAAGCUAUGCUUUCACAACUGUUGUCGCUCAGCUACUAUAUUGACGAUCAAAUCAUCGAGCAGCAUUCUCAUUGUGACGAGGACGGUCAUCGUCAUCAUCAUCAUUUACAAACUCUGCAGCAGCUUUUUGUUGCCAUGCUUCCGGAGAUGUAAUUCCGGAGAGCAGUGGAGAAAUUGUACCCGACUAAAGAAUUUCGAGGAUCAGAAAUGCUGCUGAGACACGCGGAGAUCUUCCCAUACUACAACAGCCUGACGCAAUUAUUCUGUGCUAGGUACUACCAAUACGACCAACAACUACAGCCUGUUUUUGGUUUCGGGCUCCGCCUAUGACGUCAACGCAUUUUUCGUCGAAGUCCGUGCUCUCAGUCUCACUUUUGUCCUCAAACGCAAAGCCGUUAACUUCGUGAAACCUUUGUUUUUCGACCGCAACCAGGACGAGGAGGAAUUCGAGCAAGCUUCAUAGACGAUAAACUGAAAAUAAUGAUGAUAUUGGGGAACUACAAAUAGAGGAAAACUACUACUACAACACUAGCAAUAUACGAGUUUGCGCGUGGGGAGACGCUCGUUGUAUUCUUAACACCGUGCUGACAUCAUCAAGAAUAGAUGAUGAACUGGAAUCGUCGAUGUAUUAAUCAAGUAGAACGAGGAAGUUGAAGCGCUUGCUACAAGUUAUUUCUUUAGUGGGGAUUUGCGAGGAGCUUUUCAAGAAAAGCACUGCUUGGAAUCGAUUCUUUUGAUUCGCAGAAAAUAGAGGACAAGAAGAUCAUCAUAAUUCCAGAAAAAUAUUACUGGAGAAAAAAAAUUCCAGACGAGGCUGUAGAAGAACUACCGCAAGGAAGUACAAGUACCACGAGUCCAAUAGUAACUAGUAGACCUCGAUCAACUCAGAAGUUCAAGAUAAGUUCGUCAACUUUCUACAGUCAGUAAAAACAAGCUGGGAUCUACGUGCGCAGUAUCUGACGAGAACAAUUAAGAAGACACAUCAACUGCUGAGAUGCAGCGACACAACAACAACUACAACCUCCACAAGGGGCACCGUGAUGAUGCGGGAGCGCCACACGAAGCUGCCAAUCCGCACUCGAAUAAUGGCGGUCGUGGAGGGAGAAUCAUGACGGGCCACGUCAAAUCUCGUGCUCCACACACCAGUAUUAGACCACAGCAGGGCGGCGGAUUGCACGUAACAACCAAGGGGGCUUCCGCCAAAGACAUAGCGGGAAAAUCAUUUGGGAAAGGGGAGCGGCAUCCUGGGCCGAUCUUUCAUCAGCGAGGCCGGCAGCCACAGGGCUAUCAACAAGCGGUGAACGACCCUCUUCCUCGUCCUCCAAGUAAUACCAUCGGUGACCACGAUCAACAUCAUUCGCGCAAGGAUCUUGCUGCAAGAUACCAGAAUGCGGGGAAGAGCGGUGAAUCGCCAGGCUAUGACUUCAACACACGCACCACCAGCGGCCGGAACGUGCCCCCACCAGUAGGGGACCAGUUGUUCUCGAACAACGACCACUCACCUGCACAUCAUGGAGCGAGAGGAGGAUACAACGGUUUCGGAGGAGAAGAACAGGAGCAGCACCCUCAGCACGGGAGAAAUAUUGCCGCAUCUUCAGCAGGAUUAAUUGGAGGUCGGCCUCUGGCUUCGGGAAGAAACGACACUGGAGGUCAACAACGCUGGAGCAGUGGCCAUCACGUCGACAAUCAUCAGAAGGAGGCGUGCCACACUUGUGAGCAAGGUGGCGGAGCUCGCUUGACUGGCUUUGCGGCGGCCCCCACGCAACGCUUUAUUACUGAUGAGCGAGCACCAUCACAAGAACUACUGAGUUCUUUCAAUUCUGUAGUGCGGAACCAGAUCGCGCCAGGCGAUCCGGGGCAUGAGCAGAGCAAGGCGGAGCUGUAUCAGGCGUUGCGGUCGGUGCGAGAAGAGGACCUCUCCAUUUUGUUCCGUUCCUUAGUCGACUUGACCCUAGACCAGGGUGGGAUUUUGCCACACCAGGGUUGCCGUGCGAUGAGUGAACUACUAAACAAUUUGGGCGUUUCUUCCACCACAGCGACUUCCGCUCCAAGUGGACAUCAGCAAGCGAAUAAUCUUUCUCCUAAUGCUGCGGGCCAUAGUUCUCGCUAUAACAACCAGGGAAACACAUCUGCGAACACCAUAAACAGGGACGGUGCGGGAGUUUCGAUGAUUCGUGGCGCAGCCGGUCCUAGUGUCUCCUCACGAAAACGGUGUCCCCCCUCACGUGCGCCGCCCCGCGCUGGACAACAGGACACACCACCACAAGCGUGCGACUCAUCGCCGACGUCUUCACAGGAACAGCAACGCCAUUAUCAGGGAGGUGAAAGUCGCUAUCAAGAUUACCAUGAACUUCAUCAACAGGGGCAGGGCGAUCGCCAUGAUCCUCGCGGCCCAGUGCGGUCCAAUGGAAGCAAUCUUCAAUCGGCUCAUCGCGGCGUUGGCCACACUGAGGGUCGAAGCAACUACAGAAGUAACAACUACGGAAAUUUCUAUGACCGCUGCGAUGAAGAAGAAGAAUUUGAUCACGGAGAAAAAAGACACAGGACACAGAACAACUAUGGUCCGCGCCCUCGCUUGCCGUACGAAAUGAACGACUCUGCGCGGAGAGAGGCGCCGGCAGUAUCCUCAAACAUCACCACGCAAAAUCGGCUUGGUGCGGGCAAUGAAAUGAUGCGGUCGCCUCUUCGAGCAGAUACGAAUUACCCGCAUGCCAUUAUGCAAGGCGACAGUCGCGGCAUUGACCGAGGGCCGAAAUGUUCUGGUACUAUUCUUGCAUCUCAAGGAUAUCCUGAUCGGGGAGGGCCGCAGAGGGUAGGUCAGGAGCGAUUUCGCUACGGAGGAGGCAGCUACAACAGCUUUCGAGAACAAUCUUCGUCGCCGAGUAGUUCGUAUGACAUGCAACAAUUUGCACCGGGACGACGCGAUCUUCGUCGAGGAGACUCGCGCAGGCGGUUGCCGAGUAAUUCGCCGCCCUCAUAUUCUAGUAUUGACUACCGCGAAAACCUGCGACUUAUGGAAGACUCGUACCGAAUGCAGCCUCACGGCUACAAUGACGAUGCUGCACGAUAUCGUGGUGGACCACAAGAUCCGGAUGACUUCGGUCCUGAUUCUUUGCCGCCGUCUUCCCACGACAGCUACGCUGACCGGGACAGCCGCAUGGACAGGUACGGCAAAGGGCAGGAAGCGAUGGCGCCGGGACGGGGAGCGCCGCCACCGCACUACGCACCCUCACAGCGACAGCAUAGAUUGAUGCAAACUGGAAAGCCGACAGGCAAGACAGGCGACGGGCGUAGCUAUCCCGGAGGCGUCUACGACCAUAAGGGAAGAGCUGGGCAGUUCUCGCAAGGCCGCGGCGGCGAGUACGGAUCACAUCCAAGAAAUGAGGGCCGAUUCUUCGACAGCGGCAGCAAGAGGACCGACGAGAGAGGCGCAACGGGCAAAGGUGCAAAGCAUAUGAGCAAAGCUUCCGGUAGUAGAGAGAAUCCCGUGGACGCAGGAGUUUCGUUGAGCGGGGAACCCAAGCAAAAGCUUCUGUCUCCCUCGAGCGAUCUGCUUGACUGUCGGAAAUGCUCGGUGGGCCUCCGUGCGCACGACGUCGCUGUGUGGGGCGAUGGAUUUCCCUUGAAGUUGCAGGUCGAAACCGUUACGCGUUUGGCACGUCGGCUUGGUGUGGAUGCGAUUGGAUUUGCCCGCCGUCGAAAUGGGGAAUACCGCGCCACGCUCUUCCAGCAGCCUUUUAGCGUGAAAAUCGUGUACCUUGCGACGAGUCAAAUUCUCAAGCGUCGAAAGGACCUGUUAACUAAAAAACCCGAAAACGAGGAAGAGACCAAGAACGGCGAAAAGACCACAGUGGACCUCGCGACUGA